ACGAACGCCGCGCGGAUAGGAGGUGCUGCUAAACCUCGCCCUCUGCGUAUUCGUACAGCCACCCAACGCUACGGCCCGCUCGCCGUUGUUGAUUCACACCGCUGUCCGCUUGCAACGCCUCUCUUUUAUACCUUUUAAUCUCGCGACCGCCCCGGGCUACCGAGAAGCCUGACCUUUUCCGCCAGCCUGGCUGCUACCAAGUUGUCGCAAAUUCCUGGACGGUUCCCAACAUCAUGACGAAGCCGGACACUAUCACCUACCCGAUCGAGGAGCCGGUAUGGAACAGCAAGCCGGCUUGGGUCCUGCCGGGAUGGGCAGAGCCAUUGAUGGUCGUCUCUAUUCUUUUCGGCGCAAUGUACAUGACUAGGCGAAGGGAUUACUCUAUAAUCAGGAAGAAGAAGGGAUACAAGUCCAUCUUGGACGAGGAGCCUACGUCGGGACGCUCCAGCGACGAGCUGUUGCGGUACGACUCCGAGAACGAAGACGAUGCGCAGGACCCCAUCGCCGCCUCGAACCACCAGCCCAAGAAGCGCGACUGUUGCUGCGGCUUCACCGUUCAGACUCCGAACACGUCGCGGUUCAAGAACAACAUCCACAGCCGCAUACUCCAAAAGUUUCCCUUCUUGAUCGAGAUGUUCUACUGGGUCAUCAACUACCUGUUCUACCGCAUGACCGCCGUUCUGUCUCAGCGCCUAUUUGCCGGAAAAGGCAUCUGGAAUGUCGCUCAGGCGCACGGUAUCAGCGUCCUGGAGGUUGAACACCUGAGUUGGCUCAGUUUCCUGUUUCCGUGGCAGGAAAGGCAGGUGCAGCAAUGGUUCAUGCAUGGUCACCAGGACGCCUUGACGAUCUUGAACAAAGCGUACGCGCUGAUCCAUAUUCCGGGCACUGUUGGCUUCAUCUGCUGGUAUUACUACAUCGCCCCUUCGCACCCCACCUUUGCUAUUGCCCGCCGCACCAUGACCCUCACGAACUUCCUGGCCUUCAUGACCUUCAUUUUCUAUCCUUGCAUGCCGCCUCGCCUGCUGCCGCGUGAAUACGGCUUCCUGGACACGGUCCGCCACGACGAUGCGCAGAGUGUGUGGAUGAGUGGCAAGUAUGUCAACUCUUUGGCUGCGAUGCCGUCCAUGCAUUUCGGAUAUUCGUUCUGCAUCGGUACGACACUCAUCUACCACUCCGGCAUCUUCAGGCGGACCCUUGAGCGCGGCGAAACUAGGAAGAGCACAUUCUGGAAGCUGUUUUAUCUCAUCGUUGGCAUUGCCUAUCCCAGCUUCAUCCUCACAGUCAUUGUCGCAACUGCCAACCACUACUUCAUGGAUGCAACAAUUGCGACUGGUUUUGUCUUCAUCGCGUAUGCCUGCAACAAAGUAUUCUACGUUUUCCUCCCGCUGGAGGAUUGGCUUCUGUGGUGCUUGCGGGCAGAGAAGCCAAUCCCUUCGACUGGCGAGAGAUUUAGGGAACGUGGUGGUAGGCUCUAGAGUCUUUAGAAUUGACUCUUGCAGCACUCCCACCUUGCAUCCGCGAAGUCCCUACCGUGGACAUUCGCUUCCGAUGUGUACUGAUGUAAAGGUCAAUGUGGCGUUAGUGAAUAGGCUUAAACAAUUUACUGUUUAGAACAGAACCAAUACUUUAAUAGAGACUGCAAAACACGUUUAUACCGCAUCCUGC